GACCCCCGUCUCCUCCUCCCCACCCCACGCCACGCCUAUAAAAUCGCCCGGCCCUGCCUCCACCGCCAUCACCAUCUCGCCUUAUUCCCCUCCUCCUUCCUUGAGACCACCCGGCCGGCGGCAGCGACACCACCACACGAACGAGCGCUCUCCUAGGAACCGAACCGGAUCGCGUACCGACCGCCGCGCCGAGACCAAUCAAUCACCGCCAAUGGGGCUGUGCCUGUCGAGAGGGGCGGCGGGCGAGGCCGCGGCGGCGGCGGCGGCGCCCAGGGACACGGCGCUGGUGCUGCUGCCGUCCGGGGAGCUGCGGGAGUACCCGCGCCCGGCCACGGCGGCGCGGGUGCUCGAGGACGCCUCCUCCGGCGCCGGCGCCGGCGACGGCGGGUGGGUCCUGUGCGACGCGGACCUGAUGGGGUUCGAGGGCCCCGUGGCGGCCGUGGGCGCGGCGGAGCCGCUCCGCGCGGGGCAGAUCUACUUCGUGCUCCCGGCCGCCGCGCGCCGCCGCGGGCUCGCCCGCGAGGAGGUCGCCGCGCUCGCCGUCCGGGCGUCCGACGCGCUCUCCAGGGCCGCCGCCGCGGGCGCGCCCGGGAGGCGGAGCCGCGGCGCCGUCGCGCCCCUCGUCUUCUUCGCGCCGCCGGAGGAGGAGCACGAGCAGGAGCAGGAGGGGGCUGAGCGCACCCUGUCCUUGAACUACAAGGCGGCGCCGCAGCGGAAGCGGCGCCCGGCCGCGUCCCGCCCCGGGAGGCGGCUCGAGCGGUUCGCCUCUGACCUCACGGCGAUCCCCGAGUGCGAGAUGGCCAGUGAGUAGGGACCGGGAACCGGACGGCGUCAUCCGAUGAUCGCUGGACGACGAAUCGAAACGAGACUGCAACCCUGCCGUCUGCCCAUUCUAAUUGGCCGAUUCGCCGGGCUCCGACCUGCUGUUGCGAACGCUCUGGAUGGAAGCAGAGGACGACGACGACGGCGAAAUAGCCAAGCGCAGAUGGGCCGGUGCGCCGCGUCCCGCCUGAAUUUGUGACCGGAUGCGGAUGGACGGGACGGGAGGAAUUCGGGAUGCGGCUCGAUGAGCAUUCGUAAUUCGUAGGAAUUUUGGCUGAGAUGAGUUGGUUCUCGAACGAAAUUCAGGAGGUUGCUUGGUUGGUUGCAACCACGAACUGUGUGAAUAGAGAAUUUCCCGGCACCUGUUGUUUUGCUUCAAAAAAAAAAAACAGUAGUACAAAUGUGUCUUGAAAUUCUUGUGCAAACUUGGAACCUGAAAAAUUGCUGAGGCUGCUGCAGAGGUCGUUCUGGUUGGCCGCCAUUGCCA